AUGACCACAUUAGAUCAAUCAUAUGUCACACAAGGCAGUUGGAGACCAGACCUUUUCAAAGGCAAAGUUGUUUUCGUCACUGGAGGUGCCGGUUCAAUUUGUAAAGUUCAAACUGAAGCUUUGAUCUUGUUAGGUGCAAAUGCAGCUAUCGUUGGUAGAAAUAAGGAAAAGACUGACGCUGCUGCCAAGGAAUUGGAAGGAUUGAGACCCGGCGCUAAAGUAUUGUCUUUGCCAAAUGUUGACGUUAGAGAUGUCAAGCAAAUGUCAGCUGCAGCAAAUAAAGCAGUCCAAGAAUUGGGUAGAAUUGAUUUCGUUAUUGCAGGUGCUGCUGGAAACUUUUUGGCUGAUUUCACUCAUUUGUCAUCCAAUGCAUUCACCUCGGUUGUCAACAUUGAUUUGAUUGGUUCAUUCAACACCGUUAAAGCAUGCUUUGAAGAAUUGAAAAAGAACAAAGGAGCUAUUAUCUUUGUCAGUGCUACAUUACACUACUAUGGAGUUCCAUUCCAAAUCCACGUUGGUGCCGCUAAAGCUGGUGUUGAUGCAUUGUCAAAUGCCUUGGCCACUGAAUUGGGACCUCUUGGUAUCAGAUCGAACUGUAUCGCACCUGGCCCUAUUGCCGAUACCGAAGGUAUGAAGAGAUUAGCACCUGGCGCUUUAGAUCAUGUUAAGACUAAAGUUCCUUUACAAAGAUUGGGAUCUAAACAAGAUAUUGCAGACGCUACCGUCUACUUGUUUUCACCAGCUGGUGGCUUUGUCAAUGGUGAGGUUUUAGUUGUUGAUGGUGGUUCAUGGCACAUUGGUCAAGGUAUUGGAAGCGUUGACUACCCAGUUACUCUUAAAAAUGUCCAAGCAGGGGAGACAAACUUCAAAUUAUAG